AUGGCUACAAACAAUGAAUGUUUUACAUGUCGUCAAACGAAUAAAAAGAAAAGAAGUAGUAUUAUGUGUACUGGUUGUUCUCAACGUUUUUGUCAACCACAUCAUCAAGAACAUCGCCAGUUGAUUGAAAAAGAUUUCGAUCGUCUUAUAGAACAACAUAAUGUUCUAAGACAACGUUUAUUCAGUGAACAUGAUGAUCAAAAUAGUACAAAAUUACACUUAUUGAAAAAAAUCGAUACAUGGGAAAAAGAUAUGAUAAAAAAUAUUCAAGCAACAGCAGCUGCAUCUAAAACACGUCUAAUUAAUAUGAUAAAUGAAGAAAAAAACCAAUUGAAGAAUAAUUUUACAUUGAUGGCUAACGAAUUAAAAUCAAAUCAAACUGGCAAUGAUUAUGUUGAAACAGAUCUUUACGAAUGGCAAAAACAGUUAAAUGACUGCAAACAAAAAUUUGAGCAAUUUAUGUUAUCAAAUAAUAAUUUUAUUGAUAUUUCUAUAAACCCAACCGAUUUUGAAAAUAUUAUUAGUAUUAGUCGAGGUAAUGACAUAAAAAUAAGGACAAGAUUACCUGCUUCUCAAACCAGAAUAAUUGUACACGAAAGAAAUAUCGCUUGUAAAAGCUGUAAUAGGUCUUUUCCUAGAAGUUCUGGUCAUGUGGAAUUUUGCUCAGCCGACUGUUCUGAAAGAUAUACACAGCCAUAUUCAGAUAAUAAUAGUGAUGACGAUGGUGGUAAUGGUGGUGAUGGUUGUUUUUAUGGAAAUUGCACUGUUUUGUUGUCAAAUGGAUUAACGAAACUUGUCAAAGAUAUUCGCCGAGGUGACGUUCUUCGAACUCCAGAUGGUGUAGAAGCUACUGUUACUUAUGUUGUUAAGAUUAUGUGUGCCAAAGGUAAAGCAUCUAUGGUUACUUUUGAUAAUGGUUUAAUUAUUACCCCAUGGCAUCCAAUACGAAUUGAUGGUAAGUGGAAAUUUCCUCAUGAUAUUCGUCAUGAACAAGAAAUUGAAUGUCAAGAAAUGUACAAUUUCGUUCUCGACCAAUGUCAUAUUUCAAUUAUAAAUGGUUUUGAAUGUGUCACUUUGGGACAUCAUUUUAAAGGAGAAGUUAUUGAACAUCCAUAUUUUGGUACGGCAAAAGUUGUGGAUGAUCUACGCGCAAUGGACACUUUAAACACUGGUUUUAUUGAACUAUUACCGAAGUCAACUGUUCGUGACACUAAAACAAGAUUAGUAACAGGAAUUCGUAGGUUCAGUGGAACCUUUAACAUGUCAACGAUUCUCUCGUGUUGA